CAGAAGAUAAAACGAAAAGAAGAAGAAGUAGAAGUAGAAGUAGAAGAAGAAGAAGAAGAAGAAGAAGAAGGUGUGCUAAGUCAAGGUCAUUGAUUCCUGUUCGAAUAUAUUACAUCGUUGGAACACCGCAGAUGGGAAUUAGGUUGGCCGAACCCGACGGGGUGGUGAAAAUCUUCUUCACGAGAAGAAUUAAAUAUUUGAAAGAAGAAUUGAAAAAAGUAUACGUUGUUGUUCGAGUAUUAAUAACGCUUAUAGUAGUACCAUUGGUGGUACUACUUUUAGCGUUUCACGAUCCUCGUUAUCAUCAACCUUUUCAACAAUCUUCAUAUCAGCAGCAGCAGCAGCAGCAUCACCGAGCUUAUUGUAGCUCAUCUUUCUCGCUUCUGAUUCGGUCGCGAAAACUCGAUCAAGCUGGAAUUGAUGGAGUUGGAGAACAUCGUGGCCAACACUGUUUACCUCAAAGCGAGAGAAGGUGGUGGUGACAGCAACAAAGGGAAGAGUAAGAAAUGGCGGAAGAUACUUCAGUUCCCACACAUUUCCCAGUGCAUUGGCCUAAAAGAUAAAUUAGAUAUUAGGUACGGUUAUGUGGUGGAUCAACAACCAAUUGGAAGACUACUCUUCAGGCAAUAUUGCCAAGAUAAAAAACCGGCCUAUCACCGAUACAAUCUUUUCCUGGAUUCAAUUGAAAAAUACGAAAUAGAGAUGGACGAAAAUCGUAUGGAAUUAGCCAAAGAAUUAUUUGAACAAUAUCUUACAAGAGAAGGUUCUGAGGUCGUAGACAUAUUGAACGAUUCUUUGAUAUCCCAAUGUGAAGAAAGAUUGUGCUCAGGUGGAAAAGAAUUGUUCGUUGAGAUUGCACAAACUGUCAAAAAUUUUCUAGCUGGUGAACCAUUCUCAGCAUUUCAAACCACUAUCUAUUUUUACAGGUAUCUCCAAUGGAAAUGGUUGGAGGCACAACCAGUAACAUACAAAACGUUCCGUAUGUAUAGAGUCCUCGGUAAAGGUGGUUUUGGUGAAGUAUGUGCUUGCCAGGUCAGAGCAACCGGUAAAAUGUAUGCCUGUAAGAAACUCGAGAAGAAAAGGAUAAAGAAGAGAAAGGGAGAAGCAAUGGUACUGAUUGAAAAGAAUAUACUACAGAAGAUAAACUCUAAGUUUGUGGUCUCGUUAGCUUAUGCAUACGAAACGAAGGAUGCUUUAUGCCUGGUAUUGACCAUUAUGAAUGGGGGUGAUUUAAAGUUUCAUAUAUAUAAUAUGGGUGGUGAACCUGGUUUUGAUAUUAAUCGGGCUAGAUUUUAUGCCGCUGAAGUGGUAUGCGGUUUGGAACAUUUGCAUCUUCAAGGUAUUGUUUAUAGAGAUUGUAAACCGGAGAAUAUUUUAUUGGACGAUCAUGGCCACGUUAGGAUAUCUGACCUUGGAUUAGCUGUUGAGAUUACUGAGGGUGAUAUGGUACGUGGUAGAGUUGGAACUGUUGGUUACAUGGCACCUGAGGUUAUCGACAACGAGAAAUAUACAUUUUCACCUGACUGGUUCAGUUUCGGUUGUCUUCUUUACGAAAUGAUCGAGGGUCAAGCACCAUUCAGAGCUAGAAAAGAAAAAGUUAAACGUGAGGAAGUUGACAGAAGGGUUAAGGAAGAUCAAGAAAGGUAUUCAUCCAAAUUCACCGAGGAAGCUAAAAGCCUUUGCCAACAGUUACUCAAAAAGAGCCCGAAAAACAGAUUGGGCUGCAAGUGCGGCAGACACGGGGCGAAGGAGGUCAAACUUCAUAGUUUCUUUCAGUGCUUGAACUGGAAAAGGGUCGAGGCUGGUAUGUGGGAACCGCCAUUUGUGCCGGAUCCACACGCUGUAUAUGCUAAAGACGUCCUAGACAUCGAGCAAUUCUCUACAGUGAAAGGUGUUAAUCUCGAUGCGACAGACGACACCUUUUACAGUAAAUUUAACACGGGAAGCGUAUCCAUUCCUUGGCAAAAUGAGAUGAUAGAGACUGAGUGUUUUAAGGAACUCAAUGUACUAGGUCCUAACAACACGCCUACUCCAGACUUAUUGAUAAAUUAUCCACCACAGAACAACGAGAACAGAGGCUGUUUUCCAUUCCGUAGAAAGGAGAAGCAGAGUGCACGUACAAAAGAGAUACCGUUAUCCGAGUGCCAUUUGUUGGAGCUGUCUCAAAGUCAGAGCUCCGAGAUGUCGGUCAGCUGACUCAGGAUUAACGCCUGUAGCGUAAAUCAAUCGGCAUCACCUUCUUAUCGUUGUCGUCGUGGUCGAAGACGACGUACUUCGAGAUGUUGUCCAAAGCUUCUCUGAAUAAGGGAUUCAAGGAUAUAAGGAUAAAGAAAAAAAGGAAGAUUAGAUUUCUAUCUCCUUUUAAAAGAAGAAGAAGAACAAGAACAAGAACUAGUAGUAAAAGAAGAAAAAGAAGAAGAAGAAGAAGAAGAAUAUAUCCUUUUUAACAAAAUACCUCCUCUUCGUUCAAAUGGAAGACAAAUUUCUGAGAUCCCUUGAUGAAAGGAUCGAUCAUUAAAACCAAAAAAAAAAAAAAACACACGAGAGAAAAACAAUUUGUGUGUUCUCUAACUAAACAAAUAUGUCCGUUCAAAAAUCGUUGUUCCUGACUCAAAAAACGAAUUAAAGACAACAACAACAACUUGAAAGAAAUGAAAGAAACAAAACAAAAAACACACACGAGAAAACAUUUUUUGUGGAAUCUUACAAAUAUGUCCGUUCAAAUAUGUCCGUUCCUGAUCGUUCAUUUUUAUUAUUAUUUUUUUUAAAUGAAAUAAUUGUUUUGUUCUUUUGAAUAAGCAUUCUAAUCUAUCGAUUAUAAUUACUAAAAAUCAGAGUAACAUUUGUCAGAAUUAUUUGUACGCUUAUUUUUAAAUAGUUCAAUGGAUGAUGAGAGAAAGAAAAAAGAAAAAGAAGAAGAAGAGAAAGAGAAAGAGAAAGCGAGAGAGUGAGAUUAAACGAGACUGUAUACGUGUGUUGUAUUAUACGUGUACAAUUUGUUGUAUUUGAUCAGAAUCACGGAAUAAUUUCCAUGUUUAUUAUAUCACGUCCUAUCAAUUAUUGAACUGAGAGAAUAUUACAAUAUAAAUACAUAUACAUAUACAUAUAUAUAAAUAAAUAUUAGAAUUUAAAUUGGAUGAAACAAAACAAAACAAAAACAUGGAGGAUAAAUUUAUUUCUUCUGAUUAAACUAAUGUAACACAACCGUAAAUGAUUCCGACAUAACCGUUCUUUAAAAUAAAAUGGUUCCCUUGAAUUAAUAUUUACUCAAAAAAAAAAAA